CGGUCCCUAGAGCGCAGGCUCAGUAUUUGUGGCACAUAGGCUUAGUUGCUCUGUGGCAUGUGGGAUCUUCCCAGACCAGGGCUCGAACCCGUGUCCCCUGCAUUGGCAGGCGGAUUCUUAACCACUGUGCCACCAGGGAAGUCCCUCUUGUGGCUUUUUUUUAAUGGGAGUUUAUAAAACAAAAAUCCAAUAAUCCAGUUUGACCUUGAUAAAUACAAAAAUGAAGCAAUUAACAUUGAAAAGUCAGUUCUUGAUUUUUGAACUGUGAGGUACUGUCCUAUUAGCAGGUACGUUUACUCAAUCAUAGAAAUUAUUUGCUUGGAUUUGGAUAUUAUUAACAAAUAUAGACAUCAAGUAACUGUAUCUUUAAGAAACCUGUAUUAACACUUAAACUUUUCAGAGUCAGGAUUAGGAAUAAGUUAAUGUGGGUGUGUAAGAACCCCCCAGCCCUUCCUCCUAUGAGUCCCACACGACGGCCACACUCAACACUUCUGACACAUCUGGUCACCAACCGUGUGGGGUUUUUUCCUCACACCAAGCAGUUGUCCACCACGCCAGCUGGGUGUCCUACAGUUUGACUCAAUUCCGACACUGUCUACCUGGAGAGAGCGCCAGGUCCAACAGGUUAAGGGCUCAGUCCCACAAGACUGCUUCCUCCCCCUUCAGACGCCAGUUGCAGGUCCAGGUUGUCACCUGUGCGUCUGGCUAUAGGUCAGAGGUUCCAUGAUGUCCUCUUUGGGUUCCAUUGAUUUGCUAGAGUGACUCACAGCACUCAGAGAAACACGUUUACCAGUUUAUUAAAGGAUAUGGUGAAGGACACGCAUGAGCAGCCAGAUGAAGAGAUACACAGGAUGAGGCCCGGGGGGCCCUGAGUGCAGGAGCGUCUGUCCCUGUGAAUCUGGGGUGCGUCACCCUCCGUGUCUGGUUGUGCUCACUCCCCUGGAAGCUCUGAACCCCGUAUUAUUGGGAUUUUACGGGGCCUUCAUCGCAUGGGCCUGAGCCAUCAUUAACUCCAUUUUUAGUCCUUUUCGCCGAAGAGAAAGGGGGGUGGGGCUGAAAUUUCCAAGCUUCUAAUCUUGGCUUGGUCUUCCGGGUGACAGCCCCAUCCAGGAGCCCACCCAGAGUUGCCGAUCUAGAACAAAAGAUGCUCCUGUCACCCAGGAAAUUGCACAGGUUUCGUUCAGGAGCCCUGUGUCAGGACCUGAGGGCAGAGACCAACAUGUCUCUUCUGUUCUCUCAUCACAGGUCAAUGAGCAUUUAUGAAGCGUCCUUACACCUGCAGAAUUUCAAACCUGUGUGUUGCCUUUCUGUUGCUUAGGCUCCAAGUCAGACAUUGAACAGAAGGGAACUGCGCCUCUGGGGUCGUUCUCCCCCGCAGCCCUGCACCUCCCUGCUCACUCCUUACAGCUUGUCUGCAGGUGAUGGAAGCAGAGAGGAUUGGGUUGUUCACAGAUGGGCCUCUCCGCAGUGCUGUUUCCUGCUUCAGGGCUUCCUGCGUCCAGUACCGGUUAGUGGUCCGGGAUGCCAGCACCCUCCAGAUCUGCCAGCUGUACACGUGCCUGGACCAGAUCCAGCACAUCGAGUGGUCGGCCGACUCGCUCUUCAUCCUGUGUGCCCUCUACAAGCGGGGGCUGGUGCAGGUGUGGUCUUUGGAGCAGCCAGAGUGGCACUGCAAAAUAGACGAGGGUUCGGCAGGGCUGGUGGCUUCCUGCUGGAGCCCCGAUGGGCGCCACAUCCUCAACACGACGGAAUUCCACCUGCGGAUAACUGUCUGGUCCUUGUGCACAAAGUCCGUGUCCUACAUCAAGUACCCUAAGGCUUGUCAGCAGGGAAUAACCUUUACCAGGGACGGCCGCUACCUGGCGCUGGCCGAGAGACGGGACUGCAAAGACUACGUGAGCAUCUUGGUCUGCAGCGACUGGCAGCUUCUGCGGCACUUUGACACGGACACGCAGGACCUGGCCGGGAUCGAGUGGGCCCCCAAUGGCUGCGUGCUGGCCGCCUGGGACUCCUGCCUGGAGUACAAGAUCCUGCUCUACGCCCUGGACGGCCGGCUGCUGUCUGCGUUCUGUGCUUACGAGCGGUCCCUGGGCAUCAAGUCCGUGGCCUGGAGCCCCAGCAGUCAGUUCCUGGCAGUCGGGAGCUACGACGGAAAGGUGCGGAUUCUUAACCACGUGACGUGGAAAAUGAUCACAGAAUUCGGGCAUCCUGCGACCAUUAAUAAUCCCAAAAUAGUGGUGUACAAGGAGGCCGAGAAGAGCCCGCCACUGGUGCUGGGCCGCCUGGCCUUCCCUCCGCCCAGAGCAGCGGCUGGACCCCUGUCCUCCAUGGAGAGCGAAUACGAGGUUGCCUCGGUGCCGGUCUCCUUACAGACGCUGAAGCCUGCCGCCGACAGAGCCAACCCCAGGAUCGGCAUCGGGGCACUGGCCUUCAGUCCCGACAACUGCUUCCUGGCGACGAGGAGUGACAGUGUCCCCUCCGCCGUCUGGAUCUGGGACAUCCAGAAGCUGAGGCUGCUCGCAGUGCUGGAGCAGCUGUCCGCCGUGCGCUGCUUCCAGUGGGACCCGCGGCAGGCCCGGCUGGCCAUCUGCACGGGGGGCAGCAAGGUGUACCUGUGGUCGCCGGCGGGCUGCGUGUCGGUGCAGGUACCCGGGGAAGGUGGCCUCCAGGUGCUCUCCGUGUGCUGGCACCUGAGCGGGGACUCCCUGGCCGUCCUCAGCAAGGACCGCUUCUGCCUGUGCUUCCUGGAGACAGAGCAGGGGGUCGGCACAGCCUUCGGGCAGGCGGGUGACCACACGUAGGGCCCGUGCUUCAUCAGGCCCACGUGGCUCAAGGUGGGAGACCUUGGCUUGUGCUGGCCGUGGGAAAGGAGCAGAGCUUCCUGGUGCUGCGUCUCCCACUGGGGUGGCCCGGAGGAAGCGUUUUGCUUCUGUUUUUCUAUAGCAAGCCAUUUUUGUUAAUACGUAUGGUAUAAAACUAAUUUUUGUUACUUAAAAUAAAUAUUUGCUAAUUCAUAAAA